UUUCUCAAGUCCAGGGCUUCGUUUGUAAAAUCGCCUUUGACUUCUUGUAUCUUUUCCUCUCGGACCGGUAGAAAUGAGAGCGUUGUUGGAGACCGAGGACUAAGCACAUCUAAAGUGGUCCUGGCUCCCUGAUUCAUCAAGAUACAAGAUACAUCAAGUGACUUGAGGGGGUUUCCCUUCCUGGACGUCAUCACUUGCAGGGAUGUCACUGCCUUGGGACUAAGAUUUCUAACCCAAAAUUGAGGACAGUCCAAGAAGAGACUCAGGACACAUCCUAGUCUUUGGCUAGUUCUCAAUAUCAGAAGAAAAUGAUUAAGGACCAGGGAUCGCUGACGCUGGAGGAUGUGGCCGUGGACUUCACGUGGGAAGAGUGGCAGCUCCUGGCCCCUGCUCAGAAGGCCCUGUACCGGGACGUGAUGCUGGAGAACUACGGCAACCUGGUGUCCGUGGGGUAUCAAGCCAGCAAGCCGGCUGCUCUCUCCAGAUUGGAGCGAGGAGAACUAUGGCCUGUGGAAGACGAAGUCCACAGUCGACUCUGUCCAGAUCUGUGUUGGGAACGCCUCGGUCUUGCUGUGUUUCUCCUCUGUUCUCACACCACUGCUGCACUCACAUCACUUCUGACACCAGAUGUGUGUUGGGUUUUUCCCCAUAAUAAGCAGUUCUCUGUGACACCAGCUGUAUGUUUGUGUGCUCAGUCGUGUCCGACUCUGCGACCCCAUGUACUGUUUCACUCUGUACCAAGUUCAUGGGAAGGUUCAUUCUUCUCUUCUUUCCUAGAAAUGAGGAAAGAUGACUGUCUUCUACAGGAGGACUUGCAAAAUCAAAGUUGUCCAAAAAGAAUGGAACGAUGUCAUGAACAUAAUGCACUUGGAAAUGUUGUUUAUCAGAGCAAAAGUCAUUGUCCUUUAAGGCAACAUCAUGAUAUACUUUACUUACAUGGGAAAACACUGAAAUCAAACUUAAGUUCAAUCAGCCAGAACAGAAACUAUGAAGUAAAGAACCCCAUUAAGGCUAAUGUAGAUGGGAAAUUCUUCCUCCAUGCAAAGCAUGAGGAGUUUCACAAUGAAAGUAAGCUUCCUGAAUGUGGAAUUCCUAUGAACACAAAUUCUCAGAUCAUUACGUGUCUAGGAACUCAACAGAUAAAUAAACAUCAUGUUUGCACUGAAUGUGGGAAAGCCUUCAUCAAGAAGUCCCGCCUCAUCGAUCAUCAGAGAGUUCACACAGGAGAAAAACCCCACGGAUGCAGUGUAUGUGGGAAAGCUUUCUCUAGAAAGUCUAGACUCACUGAACACCAGAAAACCCACAUAGGAGAGAAACGGCAUGCAUGCAUUGAGUGCAACAAAGUCUUCCCUAAGAAGUCACGGCUGCUUAUCCAUCAAAAAACUCAUACAGGUGAGAAGCCCUACGUAUGCGACGAUUGUGGAAAAGGCUUUGUCAAGAAGUCUCGGCUCAUUAAUCAUCAGAGAGUUCAUACAGGAGAGAAACCUCAUGGGUGCAGCCUGUGUGACAAAGCAUUCUCCAGGAAGUCCAGGCUCAUGGAACACCAGAGAACUCACACGGGAGAAAAACCUUAUGAAUGCACGGAAUGUGACAAAGCCUUCCGCUGGAAAUCGCAGCUCAACGCACACCAGAAAACUCACACAGGGGAGAAAUCAUAUAUAUGUAGUGAUUGUGGAAAGGGCUUCAUUCAGAAGGGCAAUCUCAUUGUACAUCAGCGAACUCACACUGGAGAGAAACCCUAUGUAUGCACUGAAUGUGGGAAAGGCUUCAUCCAGAAGGGCAAUCUCCUGAUACAUCAGCGAACUCACACUGGAGAGAAACCCUAUGUAUGCACUGAAUGUGGGAAAGGCUUCAGCCAGAAAACUUGCCUCGUCUCACAUCAGAGAUUUCACACUGGAAAGACUCCCUUUGUAUGUACCGAAUGUGGAAAAUCCUGUUCACACAAGUCGGGUCUCAUUAACCACCAGAGAAUUCACACAGGAGAGAAACCCUACACGUGUAGUGACUGUGGGAAAGCAUUCAGGGAUAAGUCAUGUCUCAACAGACACCGGAGAAUUCACACAGGAGAGAGACCCUAUGGCUGCAAUGACUGCGGGAAAGCUUUCUCCCACUUGUCAUGCCUUGUGUAUCACAAGGGGAUGCUACAUGCAAGAGAGAAACGUGGUGACUCAGUCAAGUUGGGAAAUCCUUUCUCAAAGCAUCCCAGCCCAUCACAUCCAAGUGAUAUGGUACAGGGAAAAAACCCUGUUAGUGCGGUGACUGUGCAGAUGCCUUCUGUGGCAACUCAGACUCCAUCCCACAGUGAUAAGUCCCUAGAAGAUGAAAACAUAACCCUUGUGGGACAGCCAGGGGGAAGAUAUGCACCCUCAGCAGAUAAUAGAAUUUGCACAGAAGAGAAACCUAGUGAAUGCAGUGAAUGUGGUAGCACCCUCAGUGGUCAAUUACAUCAUAUUUUUGUCACAAAAGACACAGGAAUAAAAAUUAACAGGAAUAUCCAGAAGAGACAGAGACAGAACCUCUGUGUUGCCCGCUGUUUUCAGAGAACAAAGAAUAUGAUCCAGGCACAGGAAACCCUGUCAUUCAACGAUGUGGCCGUGGACUUCACGUGGGAAGAGUGGCAGCUCCUGGCCCCUGCUCAGAAGACCCUGUACCGGGAUGUGAUGCUGGAGAACUAUAGCAACCUGGUGUCCGUGGGGUAUAGAGUCAGCAAAUCAGAUGUGCUGUCCAAGUUGGAACAAGGGGAAGAACGAUGGAUGACAGAAGAUGAACUCCACAGUCACACCUGGCCAGAAACUGGCAAUGUUGGUAAUCAUCUGCAGGUUGACUGGGAAAAUAAAAAAAUGCUGAAAGGUAUUGAACAAUACCAGGAACAUAAUACAUUUGGAAAUCCUGUUCCUCAAAGCCAAAGUUAUUUCUCUUUCAGGCAAAAUCAUGAUAUGUUUGAGUUCUAUACAAAAACUUUGAAGUCAAAUUUAAGUUUAGUCAUCGAGAGCCAAAGCUAUGAAAUUAAAAACUCUACUAAAUGUAAUGGAGAUGGGAAAUCAUUUCUGUUUGGUAAACAUGAAAAAUGUCAUUCUCCAGUUAAAUGCCCUGUAAGUGCAAAACCCAUCAGCACUAAGUCCCAAGUCAUUAAGCACCAAAUAACUUACAACAUAGAGAAAGCCCAUAUAUGCAGUGAAUGUGGGAAAGCCUUUGUUAAGAAGUCUCAGCUCACUGAUCAUCAGAGAGUUCAUACAGGAGAGAAACCUUAUGGAUGCAGUCUGUGUGCAAAAGUAUUCUCCCGGAAGUCCAGGCUCAAUGAACAUCAGAGAAUUCAUGAGAGAGAGAAAUCUUUUAUAUGCAGUGAUUGUGGAAAAGUCUUCACCACGAAGAGCCGUCUGAUUGAACACCAGCGAACUCACACAGGAGAGAAACCUUACGUAUGCAGUGACUGUGGAAAAGGCUUCCCAGGGAAACGUAAUCUCAUCUUACAUCAGCGAAAUCAUACUGGAGAGAAAUGCUAUGUAUGUAGUGAAUGUGGAAAAGGCUUCACUGGAAAGAGCAUGCUCACUAUACACCAGCGAACUCACACUGGAGAGAAACCCUACAUCUGCAAUGAGUGUGGGAAAGGCUUUACCACAAAGCACUAUGUCAUCAUCCACCAACGGAAUCAUACAGGAGAGAAACCCUACAUAUGCAGUGAAUGUGGGAAAGGUUUCAUCAUGAAGAGCCGUCUGACUGAACAUCAGCGAAUUCAUACAGGAGAGAAGCCGUAUGUGUGCAAUGAAUGUGGAAAAGGCUUUCCCAGAAAGGGUAAUCUGAUUGUACAUCAGAAGACUCAUACAGUAGAGAAAUCCUAUGUAUGUAGUGAAUGUGGAAAAGGCUUCACCGUGAAGAGCAUGCUUACCAUACAUCAACGAACUCACACUGGAGAGAAACCCUACAUCUGCAGUGAGUGUGGGAAAGGCUUCCCAUUAAAGAGUCGGCUGGUCGUGCAUCAGCGAACACAUACUGGUGAAAAACCUUACCGAUGCAGUGAAUGUGGGAAAGGCUUCGUUGUGAACAGUGGACUGAUGUUACAUCAGCGAACUCACACUGGAGAGAAACCCUAUAAAUGCAAUAAAUGUGGAAAAGAGUUUGCCUUUAAGAGCAAUCUUGUGGUACAUCAGCGAACUCAUACUGGAGAGAAACCCUUUACAUGCAGUGAGUGUGGAAAAGGUUUCACCAUGAAACGCUAUCUCAUUGUACAUCAACAAAUUCAUAUGGGAGAGAAGUCCUAUAUAUGCAGUGAAUGUGGAAUAGGUUUUGUCAUGGAAACAGAGCUCAUUUUACAUCAGCAGAUUCAUACUGGAGAGAAACCUUAUGCCUGCAGUGAUUGUGGCAGAGGCUUCACUGUGAAAAGCCGUCUAGUGGUUCAUCAGCGGACUCAUACAGGAGAGAAACCUUUUGUAUGCAGUGAUUGUGGAAAAGGCUUCUCCUCAAAAAGGAAUCUCCUUGUACAUCAAAGAACUCAUAAUGGAAACAAACCUAAAAGCAAUGACUAUGAUCACACCUACAGGAAGAAAAUAUGCUUUGUCCAACAUCAGAGAUUUCUAACCUUUAUAUAUACUGACUGUGGAAAAUCCUUCAGCAUUGGUAUUGGUCUCAUUACCCACCAGAAAGUUUACACAGGAGACAAACUGUAUGUAUGCAAUUAAAGUGAGAAAGCCUUCAACACAAAUUCAACACUCACUGUACCUCAAAGAACUCAUAAAAGAGAGAGACUAUGAAUCCAGUGAUUGGGGUAAUCUUUUGUCAACCCUUGUUAAUACACAUGAGAAACAUAUAGGUCAAAGUACAUAAUUCUUUGUAGAAACUCUAAACUCAUUAUAUACAAGUGAAUUUGUUUAGGAUAAAAAAGAUGAUAGUUCAGUGAACUCAUUAAACAUCGUGUGCUUCUAGCACACUUGACUAUCGUCAGUGUAGAUUAGCCUGCUGCUAGACUUCACCCUUAGGAAAUAUGAAAUUUGCGGAGGGGUGAAGUUUAUUGAAUGAAGAGAAUGUGCUAGUGCCUUCAGUGAUCAGUUACCUCACAUUUUAUUGUCUAAAUUAACAUGUAGGAAAAGCUCUGAUACAUUCGAUGCAGAAAAAGCUUGAGAAAGCAUUUUUAGGUACUAAUUAUAUGUCUGAAAAGUAUAUGCUAAGAUAAAUCCUAUGAAUGGAGAGACUAGGAAAGCCUUCUAUGGAAAUAAAAACCCUGUCUCAUCAGUGAUCAUAAUAGAUCACCAGUGAGCUCAUACAUCGUAACAAUAUGAUGAUCGUGGGAAAGCCUUUGCCUGGAAAUAAAACCUCAGUAAGUUGCCUGAUAUGCAUGCUGGAGAAAAAUUUUCUGAUGGCAAUGAGAGUGGCAGGAUUUCAGUGAUACAUUCUGCCUCAUUGCUUUUCAUGAAUUCACACAGAAAUAAAAUGGUUAUGGACCCACUAAAUAUGGAGUAACUUUAGCAAAAUAUCUGAUUUCUGAAGGAAAGAAACCUCAUGAAAAUGACAUAUACUUGAACUUUCUAUCAGAAGUCUAAAUUUAUUAUACACCUGAUGUCCAUUUUGGGGCAGAAUACCUUGAACCAUAUCAGUGAUUCCAUAAUUUUAAAGUGGGCUAGUCUCGACACUAAUUUGUAAUGUUAUAUACAAUACAGGAGUGUUCUGUGCCCACCUUGUAUUAUUAUAUGUUUCACUCUUGCAUUUCUUAGGUUCUAAAUUCAACUGUCUACAGUGUACUUCAAAAUAAAAAGGAAUAUAUUCAUAAAUGUAAUCCAGCAUAACUGGAUGUAUUUAUCUAAGUUUAAAAGUAGCAUUAGGUAGUUUACAAACACUUUAAAAAUGAUUUUUCUAAAAUUCGUUUUGAAAUAGUUUUAGACUCCCAAGUAAUUACAAAAUAUACCAAGUUCCCACAUACCCUUACUCAGUUUCUUCAGUGAUGUUAUGUUACAUAACCAUAAUACAUCAUCAAACCCAAUAAAAUGGCAUUGGUGCAGUGCUGUUAAGUAAACUGGAUCUUAUUUGGAUUUUAGUAGGUUUUUGCAUGCACUAAUUUGUAUGAAGUUUUUUGUUUUUCGUAUAUAUUUUUAAGAAAUUUUACCUUAUACAUAAGAUUUCUGUAAAGCCUACCACAAUUGGGAUGCAGAAUUGUGCCAACACAAAGAAACAUCCUCCUGCUACCCCUCUGUGGUCACACUCUUCCCCACCCCUGACCAUGGUGACCCUUGGUCAAACUCCAUCACUCCAACUUGGUUAUUUCAACAAUGCUGUUAAAAUGGAAUCAUACAGUAUGUAGCCUUUGCGAUAGGCUUUGUUUCACUCAGCAAAUUGCUUUUAAGAUCCAUCCAAUUUUUUUGGUGUAUAAAUAGUUUUACUUGUUGUUAAUAGCAUUCUUUGUAUGGCUGUACAAUGACUUAUCUGUUUACUGUUGACUGAUGUCUGGAUUGUUUUUCAUUGUUUUGAAUAAAACCCUAUGAACAUUUGUGGACCCAA